CACAACAGUGAGAUGGGCGGGCCCGCAGCCAUGAGCACGGGCGGCAUGGGGCCAGUCCUACCAAGGCUGGGGCCCUCCUGCCCAGCCCAGGGCUACCCGCCCCUCUGGCUGCCCAGUACGGCCGCUGGGGAGUUGGCCAGCAAAUCCAGCAAUGGACAUUCCCAGCUACGGCUGGGCUGGAUCCCAGCAGUACGGCCACUGGGGAGCUGGGCAGCAAAUCCAGCAAUGGACAUUCCCAGCUACGGCUGGGCUGGAUCCCAGCAGUACGGCAGUUUUGGUACGAAGCAUUUGACGGUCACCAUCCCUGCCUUCACCAUACAGAAGUUAUGGCGGCCACCAUCGCUGCCUUCACCAUACAGAAGUUAUGGCGGCCACCAUCGCUGCCUUCACCAUCCAGAAGUUAUGGACCACCAGCGCUGCCCUCACCAUCCAGAAGUUAUGGCGGCCACAAAUUGUUCUUCAAAAAUGCUCCACAAAAUGUGGAACAUUCCACAGAAAAAAAUGUCCCACAAAAUGAACAACAGCCGCUGUUGUUCAUAGAAAUUGUGGUCGUCCAACGCUUUUGUUGUGCAUCAAUUUCAUCAAAGAUUAAAUGAUUAAUAUUGAGGUAUUUUUAAGAUAUCCUCGAGUAUUUUGUUGUAGGGUAGAAUUAAAUAUUUCUGUAUUGUGUAAUAGCCUGUCUCACGCUAGCCUUACAUCAAAUGCUGAGUUGGAAAUUUAUCUUUAUUUCUAAAUUUCUUUCUUUAAUAAAAUUCGGUUUUGCCAUCAUGUUUAGUUAGCGGAGUUGCCGCUACCUGACGAGGUGUCUUCGGUCAGCGGCGGUUGAUCAGAGAGCUAAUAUAUAAAUAAAUUUAUAUAUUAUAAAUAUAUAAAUAUUUAUAUAUUAUCUAAUAUAAUAAAUUUAUAUAAUAUAUGAAGAGAGUUACACGCAGGCGGAGCUGUGAAGCUGUUACGCUGCUCUUGCCACGAGAUGUUUUGUGUUGCACGUGUAAGCUUAACUCUAAUAACUAGCUUAACUAGUUUAUUUUUAGAGCUUGUUUUUAGAGAGUUGAAAUUUUCUAAGCAUAUUUAAAGUCAAGUUAAUAAAGC